AUCACCAAUGCCAACAAUCUGGCAAGAGUGGCAACAUUGCGUUCUUGGAUUCGUCAAGUCAACGCAAAGUGUAGCGUAAUUUUGGAAUUCUUGAAAUAGUCUUGUAAGAAGUAGCUAAUAAAAACUCUUUCAAGAUGAAGAAAGUAAUUUUUGUUUGCUUGUUGACCGUUUCCGUUUGCCUGAGCGAGCCCCCGAAGCCUGCGGAAGCUGCGGCUCCCCCAACUUCUACAGUCCCCACGGCCGCUGCGGGCGCCCCGGCCGCUCCGGGAGCCCCGGCCGCUCCGGCACAUGAAGCGGCCGUUCCAGCGGCCGGCGCAGGCCCGACUACUCCAACCAUACCCACACAAUCCGCUACCGUCCCAACCAGCCCUACCACCGCGACGAACGACACCAAGAACGCUACAGUAACAUCGACGACCGUUGCUCCGACGAACACCAGCAACAAUACUGACGAUAAGAAGAACGCGACUACCGUCAAGCCCGAUACGACGGUGACGACGCCGACUGUCCCGCCGACGCAGAAGGCGACGACUACGACGGAGAAGGCUGCUGUCACCACGGAGAAGCCACACGCUUUGCAGGCUAGAGGUUUUGACGGCGCCAGCUUCGUCGGCGGCAUUAUCCUCACCCUGGGGCUCCUCGCCAUCGGCUUCAUGGGCUUCAAGUACUACAAGGCCCAAACUGAAAGAAACUAUCAUACUCUCUAAGCUUAAUGUCUAGCUUCACUUCAAUAAUCUACGUAAGUGCACCUAACUUUAUUUUAUUUCACGUACACUUAGAAGUAUUUUCAUUUGUUUGACACUGAGUGAGUGCCCUAAGCACAUGUUCAGGAUACAGGGUGAUAACUUGAGUUUAUCGAAUUCAUUGGCGGCUGGUCAUUAAGUGUUAGUGCUGUAUAGCAAGAUAGUCAAAAUUUGUGAAUCUGAUACAAGCCACUGAUUUUAUGUUUUAAUGUUAGGUUUAAGUGUAUUUGGCAUUUAUCUUGCGGGUUUUUUUAUUUUUGCGUUAUUAUUGAAGUAGCUUCUUUUGUUUUUAAUUUUGGUAUUUAUAUGGCUAAGAAUGCACUGGGAUUAAUAAAAUUUCUUGCAGUUUCAGAAUUCCAAAUGCGUGCGCUUAUGGUGCAUGCCCUACGUUACCCUAUUUGUGGUUCUGAAACCGCAAUAAAUUUCAAUUUUCCUCUCUCUGGAUAUUAAUUAACAUUAUUAAAUAUAUUUUGACACAUUUUGUUGUAUAUCAACCACAGCUAUGCGCCUGUUCGAUUAUUAUUGAAUCUUUAAUUAAUAAGAGUUAGGAGCAUUUAAAAUGUAGUAUGAAAUCUGUUUUUCGCUCCUAAUUUUGACAUGAAUAAAAAAAUCAAACAUACGGGCAUAGUUAUGGUUAAUAUACAUCAAAAUAUGUUAAAACAUUUUCCAUAAUAUCCAUAUCCAGAGGCAAAUGAAGACUAUGUUUGUAUGAAGAAGUGGCCGAAGUGUAUCCUCUUAAUCGCAGUGCGUUCUAAGCCUAUGUUUAAAAAAUAUAUGUAUAAGGAUGCAAUCAACAUAUUUUGUAAAUUUUAUCUGAUGUUAAAAAAUGUUAUAAUAGUCGAUGUUUAUAAGUAUCCACCUUUUCUAAACUAAAUCUGGUGUCAUGGCCUCUCAAACAACCAUAGCACUUUCUACGAUCUGCAUUUUCUUACUUUCUUGCAUUGAAACUUCAAACAAUUUUAGUUUUUAAUAGAGAUAUUAUUAUUGUUAAGUGUAACUUUAAGGAAACGCAAUGUGAUGAUGAAAAUAAGGGUCUAAAAUAUUAGCUAUUUUGGUUUGGCACGUGAAAGAUGAAUCUCCUACGAAAUUAAUCCUUUUAUGAGCGUGGCUCAGCGCAUGAACCAAUCGUAACUCCUAAGAGUCCUUUGAGUAAAUGAUUUAAUAUAAAGUAUUACUCGAGAUGUAACAACGCAACGCUCUGGGGAAAACAAUUCACUCGAAUAUUGUAUUAAUCAAAAACAUCUCAAAGAUGGCGUGACGUCAACAUAUGUAAAGAAAUUGUGGUGUCUUGUUAUUACGCGCAUUUACUUAUCUGCAUUUGUAUGAUGAUAACGUAAAGACAAAUAACGAAUGAAUCUCUUCUUUAUAGUGUCAAACCAAUUCUGUAUAUUUUGGUUUUGUAAUUUUGCACGCUGAUAUUGUGAACUGGAAAGAUUCCAUCCUAAAGUGCUCUUAAUUGAUCUGAACUAUUUAUGUAUAUUCUGAAGCUUUACAACCACUAGAAAAGUUUCCUGUCAUCUAAACUACUGCUAUCAGCUAAAUGUCACAGUCAAUAGUUAUAUGAAUAAAUUUAUAUACCAAA